AUCACAGAAAGUUCAAAAUUUUGUAAAACACAAAUGCCAAUUAUGAUUGUUUUUAUUUUUCUUAUAACUUUUUCAGUAUCAAAUGGAGAUUAUUUACGACGGUUGGAAAAAUUAGAAUCACAGCUAGCUGAUAACACUGGAAAACUGACGGAAAUACUUAGCCGACUUCCAAAAGGAAUUUGUACAAAGGAUGAAUCCAAACGGGCCUCAAAAUGCAAAGAAGGAAGACCGAUUGACUGUAAUGAUAUUCCUGACAAUUGUCCAAGUGGAGUGUAUAAGGUGUUUCCAAAGUAUACACAAGGAGUUGAAGUUUAUUGUGAAAUGAAUUUAGACGAGGGACACUGGACGGUCUUUCAAAGAAGGGAAAAUGGCUAUGUUGAUUUUUACCGCGGAUGGAAUGAAUACAAAUCAGGAUUUGGGAACCCUAAGUCCGAGUUUUGGCUUGGCAACAAAAUUUUGCACUCUCUAACAUCACGAGGGAAGUAUGAAAUGCGGAUUGAUUUAUUCGAUUUCGAUGGAAACAAUGCAUUUGCAAAAUACAGAGAGUUUAGAAUUGGUGAUGAAAGGUCAAAGUUCAAACUAACCGCAGAUGGUUAUCAUGGUACUGCAGGUAAUAGUUUAGAACAUCACAAUGGUCGUCGCUUCUCAACAAAGGAUAGCGAUAACGAUGACUACUCUGGUCACUGUGCUAAAUUGUAUCCUGGGGCAUGGUGGUUUGAAUCCUGUGUAGCAGCUGAUCUGAAUGGUCAGUAUUUUCUGAGAACACCAGACUCUACUCAUCAAGGUGUUUACUGGCGUAGUUGGAAAGGAUCCAGCUAUUCUUUGAAAAGCUCAGUGAUGAUGAUGCGAAGGGUGUUAACUUGAGAUACACACAUAAUUAACAUUUCAAAUAAAUUAAAUAAUGAGUAUUCCAUUUACAGCAUAUAUCCUUUCUUUUUAUCACAACUCAUCAUUAAAGCAAUUAGAUUUUAGUUAAAUUUUUUAAAGUAUACUUCAGUUUUAUUUUAUUCACAGAGAGUUUAACUAAAGGCGGUUUGUCCCCAAGUGCAUUACAGCAUAUCAGCCUAGUAGCUAACAGCAUAAGAAACUAGGUAUCUGUACUUUUUCAAAUUUGCUGUUCGAAAUCAUUUUAAAUGUAAGAAUUGAUCUCCCUCAAGCAUAUUUCUGAUUUCUUUUCCUGGUUUGAAUUCAUUUUUGGUUCUAUCUUUAAGUAUAAUAAGCACUUUAACGACGUUUGUGUAAGGUUUUACACUUUCAAAUGUGAAGAGAAAUAAAAUUCCGUGUUACAAAUUUGAUGCAAUGAAAUAGACAUAUUUUAUUAUUUUCUAUAUGAGCGCUAGUAAAAUGUUAAACUACUGAUCUCAAGAAACGCUU